CUAAGUUGGAAAAAGCUGCAUUGGCACGGGCUCUCAAGUCUCUUGCGGCUCUGCAAGAUCUUCACAAGGCUGCCUGCAAACUCGAGGCCAGAGCAGAGGCUACCCACUACAAGUCACUUAUGACCGCUCAGAAAGCUGAGAGCACGUUCCUUGAAGCAAGGGCUCGUGCUGAGGAGGAGCAUGCGCGAUGGGAGGGCAAGAGAGCGGAGGUCAAGGCUCAAGAGGAACGCUUGGAAGCGGAGAGGGAGACUGUAAGGGAGAUGGAGGACCGUAUGGCAGAAUGCGCCCGCGAGGUCGAAAAUUUGAGAAUCCUGAAGGCUACAGACGAGAGAGAAAGGGAAGUCAAGAUGGCGGAGAUGUUGAGAAAGAAAACAUAACGCAAGGUAUUUUUCACGUCUAUCAUAUUCACUG